AGGGAUUUUGCGGAGCCCUGAGAAAAUAAAAAACAAAAAAAUCUUUCUCCCUUGGCUACAGUUCAAAAAAAAGUGAAGGAUAGUGAUACAAAGAUGCUGAAUCUCAUCAGAUCUGAUCACUAAAAAACGAUUUCAAAGUUUUCCGCAAUGUCAGUUAGAGGCGGAGGAAGGAAGGAGGAGAGAGGAAGGAAUCCUCCGUCGCGGCAUCUCUGGGUAGGGAAUCUUCCCCUUGGGAUAUCGGAACGAGAACUCGCCGAUAGGUUCUUAAGGUUUGGUGAAUUGGAGAGCGUUGCGUUUCAGCCUGCGAGGAGUUACGCGUUUCUCAAUUUUAAACAUGAUGAAGAUGCUUUCGCUGCGAUUGAUUCGCUUCAAGGCUUCCCGCUCAAUGGCAACCCGCUUAAGAUCGAGUUUGCUAAGCCGGAUAAGUCCUCAACUGGAUCACGCACAGAAAAUACAUUUCGUCAUGAUGAACAACGAUCUGGAGCAAGAGGCUCACCUUUUUUCCAAAAGGACUCAAGAAUGCGUUACGAGAGCCCAGACGCAUAUAGCAGAUCAAACAAAAUGGGUGAUAGAGAUGCAGAAUCCAGUGAGGUACUAUAUAUAGGAUUCCCAGCUUCGUUGAAAGUAGAUGAAGCGCUCUUGAUGGAGGUCUUUUCUCCAUUCGGAGAUAUUGCGAAGGUCACGAUAUUCCCUGGUCGUAGUUAUGCAUUUGUUCAAUUCCGUAAUAUAAUGGCAGCUUGUAAGGCAAAAGAGACUCUUCAAGGUAAAUUAUUUGGCAAUCCUCGUGUGCAUAUUUCUUUUGCAAAGAGUGAGCCUUCCUCAUCUAGCAGUGGAAGGGGUCCGUCUGGUCGAUCAUUCUCUCCACCUUACAGAUCUGUUGAUCGACUAGGAUCUUCAGAAGGUUACUUUCAUCAGGAUAGAAAUUAUGGAAGCAUGAGCAGAGUUUCCAGUGUGAGAGAUCCACAUUACAUAGCCGAUAGGGGUUUGGAAGAGUCUGAAGAUUACAUGUUUAGCAGGAAAAGAGCCUCUAGACUUGAGUAUGAUGGAGGCCCUCCUUAUAGAAGGUCGAGGUCUCCUCAUAAGUUGCCUCAGGAUAUGCAUGAAUAUCAUAGGGAAAUAGGUUCCACGUACCGUGAUGAUCCUCACAGGUUCCCUUCAAGGAGUUCAGUGUAUGAAGAGCCACGGGGUUUCUCCGAAGAAGACUACUACUACCAGGAUGCCAAGAGAGUGAAAACAAGAUCCUUGCAGCCUGAGAGGCAAGAGAGACGCGCUUUUUCAAGGGCAUCUUCUGAUUUUUCCCCAAAUAAAGCCUUUGACCGUAACUAUGAUGCUGGACAGGGAAGGUACAAGCAAACAGUUGAGAAGCCGUUGAACCUGGCUAUAAGAAACGGGGAAAUGAAUAAUAGCUUUCGUGAACCACAUGACGAGUUGGUGGGAGAUUUUUCUCUCCCUGAAGGGAGAAGGCACACACUUGAACAGAUUCGGCCAUCACUUAAGGACUGGAACUGGGAAGGGACUAUUGCAAAGGGAGGCAAUGCUAUUUGUCGUGCUAAAUGCUUUCCUGUGGGCAAAGUGAUGGAUAUGAUGCUGCCUGAGUUUCUAGAUUGCACGGCAAGAACUGGUUUGGACAUGCUGGCGAAUCAUUACUACCAGUCAUCUCAAGCGUGGGUAGUUUUCUUCGUUCCUGGAAGCGAUACUGAUAUUGUGUUCUAUAACGAAUUUAUGCAUUAUCUGGAGGAGAAGCAACGAGCAGCUGUUUCUAAAUUGGAUGACACAACGACGUUGUUCCUUGUGCCUCCCUCUGAUUUCUCCGAGAAAGUACUUAAAGUUCCUGGGAAACUAAGCAUCUCUGGAGUUAUUCUCCGGUCAGAAUACGAAGGUUCUGGAUAUGGAUCUGUUCAACAGCAAGUUGAGAGAAGAUAUGGUGAAACAUCAUAUCCAGAGGAUAGUGGAUCUGUUCCUGAUCCGGGUCCAACUGCAUUUCUGCGUAGUAUUGCACGAGAUCUUCAACAUUCACCUAUGGAUCCAUACAUUGAAAGCAGGCACGAUCAAUACUCUGGAAGGGUUUGGCCACCUCGUGAUGUGUCAGUUACCAACACCAGAACCUCACAGAUGCAACCAUCUUUGAUAGAUCUUCAAGAGCAUAGCGGGUUUGUUCCUGGAAAGCAGCAAAAUGCAGAACCAAGUCGUUUUCGCGAAACGGAAAUUCCAUCAGGGUUUCAGCCUGAACAUGUUACAAACUUAGCUUCUUCUAUGUCCAGACAGCAAUACCAAGUAGACAACACAUUAAACCAACCAGAGAGAUAUCCAGCAGAGGCUCGAGCAAGUUUCCACCCUUUGCAACACGAGCAAACACCAAGCGCACCUCCAGGGUAUCAAAAUGUACAGCUGCAAGGUAGCAGCAACAUCCAAGAAGGAGAAGAAGAAAACGAGGCUAAUCCACAGAAGCGUCUCCAAGCAACGUUGCAGCUAGCAGCCGCACUUCUCCAGCAGAUUCAACAAUCGAAAAACUAGUUGAAGAUCACUUCUCCGACACGCACUACAGUUUCACGAGUAUGAAAUAUUUUACUUGGAGAAGAAAAAGCGUCUAAAAUAUUACUAUUAUCGAGAUUAACAGAUCAUAGUGGGUAAUAUAUAGCCAAUCUUUUCCAGAUUCAGAUGAUUGUAAAACGUAGUCUCCUCAGUAUCUCUCAGUUUACCUUUUGCAAGAAGAAACCCAACACGUUUAAUACGAAUAAAUCAUGUUUCUCAUUUGUUGUACCAUUAGUUAACAAGCAGAUGGUUUAGUUGAUCUUCUAGCUAUUGUUUAACAGUUAUAACAUGUCACAAGAUCCA